AUGUAAAAAUAUCAAUUUUCAAGUGUUUUUUGGAGAAAAGUAAGAGAAGAUAUGAAAAUGGAAAUUCUUUUAGAAAAAAAGCCAUUGAAAUAAUUUAAAUUAUAUGAAUUGACAGAAGAUGAAAUGAAUAUUAAUUUAGAUUAAGUUACACAAUGGUAAAUAAUAGAUGGAAAUUUAGGUCUCCAGAUAAUGAAAUAAUUUGUAAAAACAUAUCUGAAAACGGAUUUGCUGAUUUUAUUUGCAAUAAAGAGUAUAUGAUAGAAGCAUAUACAAAUAUUUUAUUUGAUUCUGAAGAUAUAACUUUAAUGGAUAAUUAAUUAUUAUAAUUCAAGAAUUUGCAAUUAUUAAGAUUAAAUCAUAAUAAAAUUGAGAUAGUAUAACAUAUUCCAUAAUAAUUGGUGGAAUUACAUUUAUUUAAUAAUCCAAUAACAACUUUAAAUUUAUUAAAACAUAAUCUAUAAUAUCUCGGUUUAGGCUACUGUUUAUUAAAUGAUGAUGCAAUAUAAUCUAUCUCAAAAUAUUUACCUUAAUUAAUAGGUUUAGAUUUGGCUCACAAUUAACUUUGUGAUUUGGAAUAUUCAGUAGAAGCUUGUAAAAAAAUGUCUAAUUUAAAAAUGUUAUCUUUGUAUGGUAAUCCACUAGUGUUAAUGCCACAAUAUUUUAUCUAUAUUGUUGAUAAUCUAUUAAAUUUAAGAAGUUUUGAUGAAUAAAGUUUUCUAGAUAUCAAAAAUAGAUUAGAACAAGCAGAAAAAGAAAAAUAAGCAAAAAAAUAAGAAGCAUUAAGAAAAUAGUAAGAAGAAUUCGAACUUUAAUAAAAGUUAUUAGCUGAUAAAAAUAAAAAAGGUGGAAAACCUGGAAAGUAACCUGAUCCAGUUGUUAUUUAAUAGCCUCAAGUAAUUAUACCAAUUGAUGAACCUAAAAUUAAUUUAAACGAAUUACGAUAAUUCAAAAUUACAUUAAAAAUAUAAACUUUAGAAAAUUUAGAAGGAAUUUUACUAGAUAAAUAUACAUAUCCAUAAAUGGAAUAAAAUAGUAGACUAUUUUAAAGUAAAUAUAUUAUUUCAUCUAAUUUAUUUGGAAUUGAAUUAAAAAGUAAAGAGAUUCAAUAUGAAACAGCAACAAUUGAAAAUGAAUUAGGAAGAAUUGAUUUUGAAUUUAAUUUUGAAUAAUUGUAUAAUCCUAUAGUAGAAAUAAGAGAUGCAGUUGAAUAGGGUUUUUUACUUUCUGUAUAAGUUGAAGAACCUAAGAUGUAUAUUGUAAAAAUUGAGAAUUAUUAUAAUAUAGGCAGAUGAUGGAGAAAAAAAGCCAGUUUUAGGUUAGGAUGAACUUCCUGAAUAAUAAAUAAGAGUAUUAGGGGUAUGUAAAAUAACUUGUGAUUGGUUAAGAGGAUACAAUAAAUAGUUUAAUAAAAAAUAUAGAUUAUUUAAAGAAGAAACUAAAACUUCAGCUGAACAUUGGUUUCCUUUAGAAAAUGAAUAGGAUUUGAUUUAAACUAAGAUGGAAAUGAUUCAGAAAGAAAAAGAGGCUGAAUUAGAAGAAAAAAAAGCGUAAUAAGCUUUGAUUGAUUAAAAAAAAGAAUAAGGUAAAGGAAAAGGAAAAGAUGUCAAAAAAAAGGAUGAUAAAAAAAAUGUUAAGAAAGGAAAAGAUGAACCUGUUUAAAAGGUAGUAGGUUAAUUGGAUUGGGAAGUUGAUACUAGAUAAUAUAUAUAUGUAAAUGAAAAGAAAGUUCAUAGAGCAACUGAUAUGUUGUUAGCAAUUGCUUUAGAUUUAGGAUAUUGA